AUGUCUGCAGAAAACUCACCCAAACCAUCGUUCGAAACCGAAGAGCGACCGGGGUCUAGUGAUCAUACGACUUCAGCUGCGGGGUCCGGCCACACCCGCAACCUCUCCAGUGACGCUAUACCCAGAGACCGAAGCCCCAGGCGGAGAUCAAUUCAAUUUAGCGUAGGUGCUGCACAGGCCCAGCUACCUACACGGUCAUCGAGCAUAAAGUCGAGCACAAAGGAGAAACGGCUAUCAUACGGGGAUACCCCAACGAGGACUUUCGAGGACAAGGAGAGGGAACACAGGGCCGCACAACUGAAUCGGGGACCAUCUCCUCCACCUCCCAAGACGUAUGAACGAGGCGUCUCUUUUGACACUUUCGAUAACUUUGACGCCACCGACUUCUCUCUCACCCUCAACUACAAGCACAAAGGAUACCAGAGCACACGUCGGAGUCGGACAUUCCUAUGUGGGACUGAUCAAAAUGACUAUUCUGAAUUUGCCCUCGAAUGGCUGAUCGACGAGCUGGUGGAUGAUGGCGACGAGAUCGUUUGCCUCCGUGCGGUGGAGAAGGAUUCGCGCAUCGCCACCGACAUUGCGAUCGAAGAGCGUAAAUACCGCGAAGAAGCCGAGAAGUUAUUCGAGCAGGUAAUCCAGAAAAACAGCCAGGACGAGAAAGCCAUCAGCUUGGUCUUGGAACUUGCAGUGGGCAAGGUUGAAAACAUCAUUCAGCGCAUGAUCCGCAUAUAUCAGCCCGCCAUGCUGGUGGUAGGCACACGAGGCCGCAACAUGAAAGGAGUGCACAGUCUACUUCCAGGAUCCGUGUCCAAAUACUGCCUUCAGCAAUCCCCAAUCCCAGUCAUCGUUGUCCGCCCAUCCCCAAAGCGCGAGAAAAAGAAGAACAAGCGCCGCGCAGAUCCUACCCGGCGCAGCUACAACCAGAUAUUGGAACUGAGCGAACAGCGUGGAAGUCGCAUCUUUGGCACUAGCUCUAGCAACGAGAGCAGUACCUCUAAGCUGCCAGACGAAGAGGCCGCAGUCGCCGAAGCUCUGGGUCUCCCGGCAUCAUACUCUAAUGCGAACUCGCGCAGUUCACUUUCAGUCUCAGACCGAAGCAGUCUCAGUCACGAUGACUCCGACUCCACAACUCCUGCUCGAAACUCUCUUGAUGCAGUUAUCAUGAAAAGUCCCCUUGGCAGCCCAGCCGAUAGUUCUCAAGAAAGCGUGACCGAGAACCAACCAGUAGGUGCCGAGAAUGACUCUUUAUCCGAUUCGUCCUCCACGGAAGGCGAAAAGACAGAACCAAACCCGAAACCCAUCUCCAUCCCUUCGAUUGAGGUAUCUGGUGAUAAUGGCCAGGACAGCCCUUGA